AUGGUGAAGCAAGUGGGCCUAGUCCCAGCCGGCUGUCAGCCCUGGAACAAUGAUGUUGUUGCAGCAAGUGGAGACCGCUUUGUUUAUUGUGCAACAAUGGCUAUUUAUAUUUAUCAGCUGGACAAAAAAUUCCAGGAAUUCAAGUUGGUGUCAAUCAUGUCCGAACACAAGAAAACAAUCACAGCCAUCGCCUUCAAUCCAUCAAAUAAAGAUAUAUUGGCCAGCUGUAGUGCGGACCACAGGGUCAUUGUGUGGGACUGUGACCAACAGAAGAUUCUAGCCCAACUGGAAAAUACCAAAGACAUACCAAUAGGAAUAGGCUGGUGUUUCCAUGGAAACGAGGCAGUAACAUUUACAUCCAGACGAGGACAGUUCUUUAAAUGGCAUUACCAGAACCCAGCAACUAAAUUAAUGACUAUUAGGGAAGUGACAGGGUUCUCUUCUGAUGUGUUCAUCUUCCGGUGGCAUCCAAGGAAUACUAGUAAAAUAGUAUUGGGUCACAGAAAUGGCACCCUCUCCAUCUGCCACAUUGGAGGAAAGAGUUACAAGCAUGUUUGUGCCCCAGAUGAAAACUCUGAUUCGGAAGAGGAGGACCCUGUGACAGCGCUGGAGUGGGAUCCCUUGUCCACUGAUUACCUCAUCAUUGCCAACACAUUUGGCACCAUUCGUCUUAUUGACUCUAACUCACUCAACAUCAUCAUUCGUUUCAUUAUGCCAAGUGUGGCUUCCCAAGUGUCCUCACUUUCAUGGAUAGACAGUGCACCAGGAAUGUUUGUAACAGGGGAUGCUAAAACAGGAGUUCUUAGAGUAUGGAGUGUAUCCAGGUCAUCGCCAUUGGAAACGAUCAGACUCAAGCAGACUGGUAUACAUGCUUUACAGGCAGUCUGCUCCACUGUUACCAGCAGUGAACUCAGUUCAGAACUGUGCGGUAUUUCAUCUAAUCCAUCCUCCUCAACCCAAGCCCAGCCUCCAUCAUCCAUCAAAAAUCCCCAUUUUGCUCUUCCACCAGCAAAGAUCCUUUGUACAUUUCUAGAUGGAGGGGUCGGACUUUAUGACAUUGGACAAAGCAAAUGGAUAUUUCUAAGGGAUGAAGGCCAUAUUGAGACCAUCUUUGACUGUAAAUUCCAACCUGACAAUCCUGACCAUUUGGCUACUGCUAGUUUUGAUGGGAGUAUUAAGGUUUGGAAUGUGAACACCCUAACCACUGUGUAUAUUUCCCCAGGUAACGAGGGUGUGAUAUACUCCCUGUCUUGGGCCCCAGCAGACCUCCACUGUAUCGUAGCCAGCACUUCCAAAAAUGGCAUGUUUAUUUGGGACAUUCACAAGAGCAAAGUCAUCAAACGUUUCUCAGAGCACACUAAAGGAGCUGUGUACUCAGUGGCCUGGUGUCAAAAAGAUUCCAAGAGAAUUGCUUCUGUUGGUGCUGAUGGCUAUUGCAUAAUACGACUUAUCAGUGGGGAUGUCCUACAGAGAUACAAACACCCUGGACCAGUAUAUGGCUGUGAUUGGUCUCCUACUAACAAAGACAUGUUAGCUACUGGCUGUGAAGACAUGUGUGUACGGGUAUUUUAUAUUGUGUCUUCCACUGAGCAGGCCUUAAAAACAUUUAAAGGACAUACAUCAAAAGUUUUCCAUGUGAAGUGGUCUCCCCUGAGAGAAGGUAUCCUGUGUAGUGGAUCAGAUGACUCAACGAUCCGAAUUUGGGAUUACACCCAGGACACUUGCAUUAUGGUACUGAAGGGCCAUGAGGCACCAGUCAGAGGCCUUCUGUGGAACUCAGAGAUACCGUACAUGUUGAUAUCAGGGUCAUGGGACAGUAAGAUUCGUGUGUGGGAUGUAAGGGACGGCGCCUGCGUGGAGACUAUACUGGACCAUGGAGCGGAUGUCUAUGGGUUAACAUGUCACCCUAGGCGACCAUUCCUAUUAGCGUCCAGCUCAAGGGAUUCAACGCUACGAUUGUGGUCACUUAACUCACUGAUACAACCCAUAGAAAUCAACAUCAUAGCAGGAAAGCCCUGGUCAGAUAUUAUUGGUACAGUCGAAGCUGCUAUGGACGUUGGUAAUCCUCCUUUGCUGGCAGGACGUGUUUCUAAGGAUAUCAAACUUGAACUAGAACAACCUAACAACAAGGCCAAUAUGGCUGACAAAAAACUUCAACUUUUUUCAAAGUUUUUCUGUCAGCCCCGUGGUACCAACAACCUUUGGGAACUGGUGUCAGUAGUGAAAGGCCAAGAUGAAACCUUCCUUUCUCAACAUUACAACCAAGGCAUCAUGCACAGAAAACAUCUUCUGAAAUUCAAAAUGGCAGAAGCACAGGAGUUGGAAAUGGUGAAAAUGUCUAAGUCUGGAUCUUUGGGGUCAUCAAUAAAAGAGGAAAAACUCCGCAAAGCAGCUCAAGCCCAUAUACGAGUUGGCAAUGUACAACGUUACUGUGAACUCAUGGUGGAACUAGGGGAGUGGCAGAAAGCUUUGUCAGUAGCACCAGGUGUUUCUAUAGAAUACUGGCACUCUCUAGCCAAAAGAUAUACAGCUUACCUGCUGAAGGAUGACAAGAAAGAAGUUAUACCUUACAGCAUGGCUACAGGAGACAUAGAGACACUUGUCCACUACUUCACAUCUCAUGGCCAGGCUACUGAUGCCUUGCUUGCCUCCCAGGUGGCCUGUGAUGGUCUACAGCCAAAUCCAGCCCCCAUCAGUUCAGUGACAAAGUGUAACAGUACCACAGAACCCAGUGCUACACAUUUACAAUUACUGAAUCACAGUGCCCAGCAUUUAGCUGACUGGUAUUUCAACAAUGGUUUCACCGAACUGGCAGCAUGCUGUCACUUAGCUGUCAAUGAUUGUGAGAGCGCUGUUUGGCGGUUAAUUCAAGGUCAUGAACUUGAGCUUGCUGUUUCCAUAGGAACUGUCUUGGGUAACACACCUAAACAGACCAACUUAGCUAUAGAAUACCUGUCACGACGAUGUGAACAUCUGUGUAAAUGGGAUUUAGCUGUGGAUAUACUCAAGCUUCUGCCAGACCCAGAUCUACUUCUUGCCAAGUGCUGUGCUAGAUGUGCUGCCAGUAUGGAUGAGAUCAAUCUGCUUCACUCCAGGGCAGGUCUACCGUCCCUUGAGGAGUGCACACAUCAGGCAGAGACUCUAAAGCUCAAGCUUGACGUAUUCCAAUGUGUGAAGUUCUACCUACUAUCCACUACUCCAGAGCUGGGGUUAGAGAUCGGCCUACAAGAGGUCAAAGGUCAGAUGUCCAAGCCAAGGUGGUCAGUGGACAGCAUCUUCCCUAUGUUACAGUUAUUGGGCUGUAUCCGCUCCGACAAGCUCCAGCAACAUAAAGCAGAAACGCUUAAAUUUGAGCUGUUGUGCCUGUCAGCUUAUAUAGGAGCCCUGAUGGCUAUAAAAAAUGGUUAUAAUUCCUUAGUCGGGUACCUGCUAGCACAUGCAAGAAAUAUUUUACAGAAGACUGAUCUCCAUCUAUCCAUUAAUGACACAAGCAUCAACGAUGAGCUUACGGCCUGGAGAAGUGUGGAGAAAUAUAGAGACAGCAGAAGUAACUUUGAUUUGAAAGCAGCAACCCUGUCCCCUGAAGUAAUCGCAAUUUAUCAGAGACUGAUAGAACGAGCUGGAGUGGAUGAGGAACUCCGUAGUCUCGGUCCUGACUGUAUGGCCAGCUCUAAUCUACCAACUCAUUCCGACAUUCAUGUCUCCUGUAUUUCAGGACAACGAACUCUGGGUCUUGCUUACUUUCUGGAAGAUGGGAAGUCAGCAGUGUCUCCUAAUGAGGCCCUCAUGUGGGCUAAGGUCAACCCAUUUACACCCCUUGGCUCAGCUCUGAGGAUAAAUCCUUUCUGA